AACAGAAGGUGACAGGCAGUCUGUGAGGCACAGACGGUUCAGACACUUACAGGCGAAAGAGUCUCGCAGUCAUGACUUGCAUACACACGCAGCAUGGAGCUCAGGCCUAUGAGAACAGCCUCGGCAGCUCGGAGCUUCAAAGCACAGACUUUAUCUCUCGGUUGGCUGUGGAUAAGAGCAGCCCACGGGACCACCUCUCCGCUCCGUCCCUUCCAAGCAUUAGCUCUCUGGUGGACACUCAGACAGGCAAUUUUGAUGCAUAUUCGUGCCAGUUCACUGCGGCCCCUGCCCACAUGCCUCCAUCAGCAGGCCAGGAGACCACCUUCAAACUGGAUGACCUCCAGGUUUACAGCUGCUAUCCUGGAACAUUCACACUGAGUUACCCGGAUGAGCUUGUGUCCCCCUGUGGGUCAGAUUAUUUUGGCAGCCCCACAUCAGCCUCUGCUCCCUCAACUCCUGGGUUCCAGAGUCACCCUGCGUCCACCUGGGACUUAUACUCACCGAGUCCAGGAUACUGGGCAGCAGAGGAGACCUCAGUGCCGCAUGCACCCUCCUUCUUCACGUUUGGCUCAGGGUCUUUGGAGGAUUUGGGUCAAACACAUUUACAAGACCAGGACCCUUUCACUUUGACCCACCCUCACCCCACCGCACUGACCUUCCCUGCCUUGUCGAUGGAGCGAGGACACAACCUUGAAGAUAAUGAUGGAAGCUUAUCACCAAAGUUAAAAAGUCCAAGUGGAAAUGAGGGCUGCUGCGCUGUGUGUGGAGACAACGCCUCCUGUCAGCACUACGGGGUUCGCACCUGUGAGGGAUGCAAAGGGUUUUUCAAGCGUACCGUGCAAAAGAAUUCCAAGUAUGUUUGCCUUGCUAAUAAGGACUGUCCUGUGGACAAGAGGAGGCGGAAUCGAUGCCAAUUCUGCCGUUUUCAGAAGUGUCUUGCAGUAGGAAUGGUCAGGGAAGUUGUGAGAACAGACAGUCUGAAGGGACGAAGAGGUCGCCUGCCUUCUAAGCCUAAAGUCGUCCAGGAUGUGACAAGUAUCCCGUCUCCCGUGAGCAUGAUCGCUUCCCUCGUCAGAGCACACAUUGACUCAAACCCGGACAUUGGGAAACUUGAUUAUUCCAGGUAUGAUGAGAAAGUUGUCACUCCGAACCAGAAAGAGGAUGCGAGUGACAUCAGACAGUUUUACGACCUCCUCACGUCCUCCAUGGACGUCAUCAGCAAGUGGGCGAAGAGCAUCCCAGGAUUCUCUGAGUUCUGCUCAGAAGACCAGGACCUUCUGCUGGAGUCUGCGUUUGUUGAACUCUUCAGCCUCCGUCUUGCAUAUCGGUCCAAUCCUGAAACGGACAAACUCAUCUUCUGCAACGGGUCUGUGCUGCACAAAAAGCAGUGUGUCCGAGGCUUUGGGGACUGGAUUGACUCCAUCUUGGAGUUUUCGCAAAGCCUCCAUCGCAUGAAGCUCGACGUUUCCUCCUUCUCCUGUCUCACAGCUCUGGUCAUAAUCACUGACCGACAUGGUCUCAAGGAGCCAAAACGUGUGGAGGACCUGCAGAACCAGUUCAUCACCUGCCUCAAAGAUCACGUAUCCGGCUGCGGCUCCGAUUCCUUGCGGCCCAAUUAUUUGUCCAGACUUCUUGGGAAGCUGCCCGAGCUCAGGACUCUGUGCACACAAGGCCUCCAGCGAAUCUUUUACCUGAAAUUAGAAGACCUCGUUCCCCCGCCGCCUAUUGUGGACAAAAUCUUCAUGGAUACGCUUCCAUUUUGAGCUAGAGACGGUCACUCUGACCACCCCGUGAUGUAAAUUCUGUGCCAAAGAGAACAGACCGAUCGCUCGUACGUGAAGUUGUAUGAAGUGAAACUGUGAGAGGCUGAGAAGAAUAAUCCCGGGGGAUUAUGCUUCGCUGCUGGAAAAGGGCUUUGUCUGAAUUAUAAAGUAAAUGAGGAAAGAGACAGCGUGUAUGGGGGGGAGGGGGCAUCUACGGUAAUGCUCUCACUAGCUUGUUUUCCCAGACAAAAUGAGACAGGCCACCUCAUGGACCAAAAGGUGACGGUUUACAUACAACACAGUGCCGUGAAUAGAGACAGAAUGAAUGUGAAUUAUAUCUGCACCGUCAUUGUAAAGAUGGAGGGGGGGUUUUCUUCCUUUUUUUUGUGAUUUGCAUGACUGUAAAUUGCACAUAAAAUAAUAUGACAAAAGCAUUACUGUGAUCGAUCAAAGCUGAGCACAUAUUUCUCAGAACCACUUUGACACUUUAAGUCCACGCACACAUACAUCACCAUCACAUCAUCAUCAUCAUCAUCUGAAACAUGAAUCACUCCGAUCUCCAGAUUGGUUUAUAUUUGGUGAUUUUAAAGUAAAGUAGGUUAAACCUACAGAUUAUUAAGCAGCAUCAUUCAUGUAUCAUGAAGAGAAAAUGAGCAGCUAAUAUACUGUGCGUCAUCCGGUGCAGUCUUAUACAGUGAACCUGUUAUAAGCCGGACAAGUGUUAUUUUCAACAGUGCUGUAUUCUACUGUUUGCCAAAGUGUUUUUCAUAAUAACAAGUUAUAUUUACUGCAGCUUAACAUUAAUUAAAAUGUGAAACUGCAUAUUUCCUUUGCUUUGGUCAUCUUUGCUUUACUUUGAGGUUUUAGGGAAGUUAUCAUUGCACUUUUACACAUUUAUCUGAUGUGUAAAUUGUGAAUAUAAACAAUGGCCUAGCUAUUUAUAUAUAAGGAAUACUUUAGGGGUGAUGAUGACACCUUAUUGGUACUGACGUUGUCGAGUGAGCUUCUGUCGCACACUCGCGCAGAAAGAUUUUUGCCACUUAAUUAAAGGUCUGCUUAAGUUUCUGUGUGGGAGAGACAGAUUCUUAGACCUAUGCAGGACUAGCUUUUAUUAGGAGAGCCUCAUAUAACCAUACUUCAAAAAAAUGUAUAACUUAAAGUACACUAUGAAGAAACCUCUUAAAAAAUCACUGAAUCAGGUGUUUUGUCCAGUUGUCAUAGUGGUAUAAAAACACGAUUAGCUGUGCAGGCUGCCUUUACGAAACACGUGUGAAAGAACUGGUCCUUCUGGAUAGGUCAACGGAUUUCAGUGUGCCUUAAAGAGUCACUUCAGAGUGGUGUAACACACACACCUGGACUCUGGAACCGACAAGUUCACUCCACUCAACAACACUUCUCUAUCUCUGCCGAGUCUAACUGAAUUGAAUUCAAUUUAAUUGAAUGGAAUGGAAUGGAAAAUACCAUGCUUCCAACUUUGUGGGAAUCAUUUAGGGAAGCCACCUUUCUUUAGAGACUUGGAAGCCAAGCCCUCUUGUCAAACAUCAGUGUCUGACGUGAAAAAAAAACAACUAGGGGAAUGGGUAAUAAUCACUCACACUAACUAAUGUUGUAGAAAGUGUGGACUCUGUCAUAGCAACAAAGGGGGAUCAACACCAUGUUAGAAUAGAAUCUCUUAAAAGCUCCUGUAGGUGUAAUGUGCAGUUGUCCCCAAUAUUUUUUUUUUUUGCCUACUGUCCUCAGCUGUGUACCCAUGUUACCAAGUGUCCUUCUGGUGCGAGCAGUUGGUGAGCUCGUAACCUCGUCUUCUGGCAACAGAUCAGAAGAUGCUUCUCAAAAAUGUCCCCCCCAGUUCAACUCCCUCCCAGUUAUGUGCUGGUCUUGUUUUAGAAGCCGGCAGGAUUCCCAGUCUGUUCUCAAGUGACCCAGUCCACUCUAUCAUUGUAGAAUGUCAUAUUCACAGAUAUAUACAUGUGUGUAAAGUCAUCUCCUACUCUUUAGGUCAGUGGUAUAGAAAUACUACACCACAAGUGUUUACACAAGACAGAGAUGAUGAUGAUGAUGAUGAUGAUGAUGUUUGCUCGUGGUGCUUUCACCCUGGAUCUUAUACAGAACAGGCAAACUAAGCAGUAGAUAAACCAUUCUAGCAAGAGCCAAACUGUACUCUCUUCAUUUAAGGGGAUUACCAAACACAUCCAUUUUCAAUUGCUGGCACACUGUAAUAUAUACUGGGGUGUAGUGGUUCUAUUAAUAUGCCUCAAUGUCACUGAGAUGUUGGUGAAGGUUGACAGUGGUCCAGGUCCUGGACUUCAUCACUUCAGAACCUUCAGAGGAAGCCUUUUGGACGAAAGAUGAAUGUUUUAAGAAACUCUAACAGGUCCAGUUGCCUUCCUGUACAGCAGUUUUGGUCCCUGAGGUGAAUGACUGUAGAAUAAAUGACUUAUAUGCAGGUGAGGUGACAAAUUAAAGGGAGAACAACACCAAGGUGUCCAUGUUGAUAAAUGUGCACUUAUUUGCUGAGGCAGCAGAAAAGCAGAUGUCAAUCUGAAGUCAAUUUCACUUUUAUUUUAUGAGCACAUUAUUGUAGGGCGGGGCAAUACGUCAAUGUAUUUAAUUAACAUGAAUGAAUGGAAUCAAUUUGUCUUUUACUUCCACUGCUGCUCCCUUUGGGCUUCUGUAGUUCAUGGUGGUGCAUCACUACAGCCCAUUCUCCCUCUGCUUUUCCUCAGAGAAUUGAACAAGAUGACAGCAUAUAAAAGCAUAUUGCAGGUCUGUGUUUGAUUUCACUUUAAUCCAAAGGGGAUUCAUUCAUGUUUGAAAUGUAAUAGCCGAAAUAAAUGCAAACGUGUGCUAAACAAUCUCUUCGUCAUUCGAAAAAUAAUCAAUGUGAAAUUGUAAAGAGAGUUUACAAAAAAAUUACAGUUUACCUGUCGUUCGCACACUUCAAAGUGCAUAAAAUAAGUGCAAACUACUCGCUGUAACUAUUUUAAAUAAAAAAAAUAAAGCUAUGGGCCUACUGUC